CUCUCUUCCUUUCCUCUUUCUUCCCUUCUUCCUAAGCGGAUUACCCUGCUAGCCAUCCUUCUGUGGUUUGCAUCAGUCAGCACUCACAAUCAAGACCAACAUUCUUGUUGAAUCCAUUCGCGACUUGCACUUCUGUCAUUGCACCUAGACCCCGUAUUUAGUCGCGGUUGUCCAUCCAUGUCACUCCAGGCUGGCGACCCACGGUCGCGAGGCCGUUCCAAGUCUCCAGGCGGCCGUAUCCGCGAGCGUUCCAAAUCUCGCGACCCCCGCCUCUCCUCCACCGCCGAACCCACCAGUCAAGGCAUGGGCAAGUAUUUGGCUUCUGACCUGGCCGAUGCGAAGCGACGGGCGAGGUCCCGAAGCAGAGGUGUGAGUCCAGCCGGUGCUUAUCGACAUACUACUGGUUUGCGGUAUGUUGCGGGCCCUGACUUCUACCAGGACGGACAGGAGCCCUACCUGCGAGCUGAGCACGGUCGCGACUAUUACUACCAAUCCGACUCGGGAGAAGGUAAGGCAGUCAGACGCGACGACAGGAGGUAUGCUCCAUCGCCUCAUCAUCGGACCGCCCAUUUUGACAGAGAUUCCGACCACUCCUACUCGGAUUCGGAGGACGAUGAUGAUGCGCUGGCUUAUGGUGACCUUCCCGGAGGACUUGAGCGCAGCUUCUAUGGCUAUACUAGCACCUCUCACGGCAAAUCUCAGCGCCAUGAUGGCGCCAUGAUGUCGGGGGCUUUGAACGGGAGCCCAGCGUACAGCAGCAAGCCGUCGCGCUCCGGUGGUGGCUCGAAGGAGGAUGUCUCAGCUUUCAACUAUCCCGCACCGGUUCAGUAUCCUCAACCACAGCCUCCUUCGUCCCAGUACGGUGUCCCUCCCAUGUCGUCUGCCCCGCAGUCUAAGUCUAACUGGGCACCGAUCCCCGAGUGUGAGCGACCGGGCUUUGUGCCGCCGACGUCGCAGGCACAGGGACAAGCUAUGCCUGGAGCAUUUCCGCUUCCCGUUUCAAGCCAUCCUGAUGUGCCUGCUACGACCGCAGCAACUGCUUUUGCCUCUGCGAGGUACGUCACCCCCGAGGGACUGCAGAAUCCGUACGGGUCGUGGAAUGGUCGCCCGGUCUCGAUGCCCGUUGGCAAUGCAUAUGCACAACCAGUGGCUCCUCCGACUCACCAACGCACGGCUUCGAAUGAUGCGGCAGUUAAGCCGCCAUACGCUGCACCGUCUCAGUACCAAUAUGCGCACAUUGACCCCAACGCCAAUGUCACGUAUACUAAGAGCGCGGCACCCAGUGCAGCGAAGCCCCUCUCAUAUUCAGCCGCGCCCCAGUACCAAAGUUCUGGAGGAGCUCAAGCAAACGAGCCCCGGCAGGCUGGUGUGAAGUAUUCCGCUACUCCUCAAUUUUCCAAGCCUGCGACCGCGCGUCCGGAGACUGGACCCCAGUACGUCGAGAUCACGCCGGGAACCCGGUCGGGGGCUCGUCCGCAUAGUCGCUCGGUUUCUUCUGCCCAUAACCUCGCCGUGAGUGGGCCUGACCCGACCCAGCGAGCUGCUAGCCCAAUGCUGGAGCCCUACAAAGGAACCUACCAGACUAUUUCCCCAAUGCCGUCGCCAAUAGUUGUUCCCGGCAGAUAUGAUGAUGACGUAUCGGACAUGGAGCUACUGGGUACUAGUUCGGACGAGGGACGAAGGGAGCACAGGCGGAAGAGAUCCAUGGAUGGGAAGGACCGAAAGGAGUCCAAGAGUGACCGGGUGAAGAGGGAUAGCAGCCGUGUACGGCACGAAAGACAUGAUUCCAGCGGGCGAGAUGCCCUUGUUGUAAUCGCCCCCGGCAGCAGCCGGAAGCGAGUGACUUUCUACGAUGCGGCCCCGGAUGCCAUUGCGCUGCGGGACGCCCUGUCGCAUACCCGGCAUGUCGACAACAAAGCACUCAUCCGCGUGCUGCCGCAUCUGACCGGCGAUGAGGUCUUGGACCUCCGCAAGGAGUAUAAGAAGCACGUGAAGGUCCACGGGAAGGGCGUCAAUCUGGCCAAGCAUAUCCGGUUGCAGCUAGAAAAUGGGGCAUUUGCGAAAGUGUGUUACGCCACUGCUCUGGGCCGUUGGGAGUCGGAGGCUUUCUGGGCCAACUGCUACUACCAGUCGAGUAAAAGCCGGCGUGAACUCCUUAUUGAAUCUCUAUUUGGCCGCCGCAACAGCGAGAUCCAUGAGAUCAAAGACUGCUUCCGGGACUCGCGAUACCACGACAGCUUGGAAAAAUGCAUGAAGGCCGAGCUGAAGGCGGACAAGUUCCGGCUGGCGGUGCUGCUCGCUUUGGAAGAGAGUCGCCAGAGCGAGCGUGACCCUACGGACCUGGACCUGGUGGAUCGCGACGUGGAUGAACUGCGUCGAGCUCUCAUCACUCCCCACGGCGGAGAGACGGCGAUGAUCUACAUCAUUGUGCGGCGAAGCGACCCGCACCUCCGGGACGUGUUGCGUGCGUAUGAAAAGGCGUACGGGCGCAACUUCGUCAGAGCCAUGAUGGAAAAAUCCCAGAACCUGGUGGGCGAGACCCUCGCACACAUUCUCAACGGGGCCAUCAAUCGGCCCAUGCGCGACGCGCUCCUCCUGCACCAAGCGCUGCACGAGUCAGGGACGAGCAAGGAACGAUCGGAGCUGCUGAUCUCGCGGUUGGUCCGGCUUCACUGGGAGCCGCGACACCUGGAGCGCGUGAAGAGCGAAUUCCGGCGGCGAUACGGCGAGCGGCUGGAAGACGCGAUUGCGGAAGAGGUGUUGACGGCGAGUGGCGGCAGCGAGUGGGGGGAGUUCUGUAUUGAGCUGGCUCGAAGCUCGAAAGUCCUGAUAGGCCGGAGCUAGAUAGUCAGUCCAUUGCCCUGUCGGAUUGACGAUAGAAGACGGGGUGAAUGACUGUACCUUGUAUAAUGUUUAUGAUGAUGAUGAUGAUGAUGAUGGAUACGACGCAAUGAUUGGUUAUGCAGGUAAUGAAAUAAUUGCAUCCGAC